CUCUUCGUUCAGGUAAACAGAAAUUGCCCACCGAUUCUUCUACCUUCCCUUGAAUGGAUGCUUGACAAGGAUACAGGACGGAUUCGCUUUGCAGGUUUAAUUUCCGUAACUCAUAACAUAGCUGGAAAGUGUUUUUCUUUUUGGAAGUUAGGAUAGCAGCCAAGCUGAAUAAAAAAUAUUUUAUUACACUGCCAAAAUCGUUAUAUUCUGUUAUAAGGUGAGAGCUUUCCUGGUAGGAAGCCAACGAGGGACGUGAAGAUGGCAAUUCAUAUAUUUGAAGCUGGUAGCUCUUUAAUAGAAAAUACAGUCGGAAAGAUGGACAACAACCUCACGUCAAUGGUUCUUGUAACGUCAGCGUUCGUUCUCAGUGUGGGUUAUUUCUCCAAACUGAUAUUCAAACACUUUAAGUCGUGCGACAAGGACGUGAAAUGCCCCCCAGUCAUUCCAUCAAGUAUUCCCUUCCUGGGUCACGCUCUAGCUUUUGGAAAAAGUCCCAUAGAGUUUCUAGAAAAUGCUUAUGAGAAGUAUGGCCCUGUGUUCAGUUUCACCAUGGUGGGAAAGACAUUCACCUACCUCGUGGGCAGCGAUGCAGCCACCCUCAUGUUCAACAGCAAGAACGAGGACCUUAAUGCUGAAGAUGUGUAUUCUCGGCUCACAACGCCAGUGUUUGGGAAAGGGGUGGCGUACGAUGUCCCAAAUCCUGUCUUCCUGGAGCAGAAGAAAAUGCUGAAGACGGGCUUAAAUAUCGCACAAUUUAAAAAACACGUGAAAAUAAUCGAAGAAGAGACCAGGGAAUACUUUAUGCGCUGGGGAGACAGCGGAGAGAGAAAUCUGUUUGAGGCCCUUUCGGAGCUGAUCAUCCUGACGGCCAGCAAUUGUCUCCACGGUAAGGAGAUCCGUGCCAUGCUGGAUGAGAAGGUGGCCCAGUUGUACGCAGACCUGGAUGGGGGCUUUACCCACGCUGCUUGGCUCCUCCCCGGCUGGCUGCCCUUGCCCAGUUUCAGGCAAAGGGACAAAGCACAUGUCGAGAUCAAGAACAUCUUCUUCAGGGUCAUUCAGAAGCGGAGAGAGUCCCUAGAGAAAGAGGAUGACAUCCUGCAGACUCUCAUGGAUGCUACCUACAAGGAUGGGCAGCCCCUGAACGACAGCGAGAUUGCGGGCAUGCUGAUCGGGCUGCUCCUGGCAGGCCAGCACACAUCCUCCACCACCAGCGCCUGGCUGGGCUUCUUUCUGGCGCAGGACAGAGCUCUGCAGGAGCGCUGCUAUGCGGAGCAGAGGGCCGUGUGCGGCGACGACCUGCCCCCUCUCCAGUACGACCAGCUGAAGGACUUGACUCUCCUGGACCGCUGCUUGAAAGAAACCCUGCGCCUCAGACCCCCUAUAAUGACCAUGAUGAGGAUGGCAAGGUCUUACCAGACAGCUGCCGGCUACACCAUCCCCGCUGGGCACCAGGUGUGUGUGUCACCUACAGUGAACCAUCGCCUGAAGGACACCUGGACUGGCAGGAUGGAGUUCAAUCCUGACCGUUACCUGCAUGAGAACCCAGCAGCUGGAGAGAAGUUUGCCUACAUACCAUUCGGGGCUGGUCGCCAUCGUUGCAUCGGGGAGAAUUUCGCCUAUGUUCAGAUCAAGACCGUUUGGUCAACGUUGUUGCGUUUGUACGACUUCGAGCUGGCCAACGGCUACUUUCCCACGGUGAACUACACAACGAUGAUCCACACUCCCAACCAGCCAAUCAUCAGAUACAAACGGCGGCAAGAAAAGGACUGAGCUCGUGUCACGUCUGAGAUUCUCAACAACAGAAAUGUGGCCUUUAUCUCACUGUGGUUAUUAGACAUAUUUAUGCCGAUACACUGAUCAAACGGAGCAGAUAUCUGUGGGGAAAAAUGAAUGAAAAAGCAGAAAUUACAGCGUAUAAAUAGGCGGUGUGGAGUGCUGCUUUUAUUAUAAUUUGCAUGAAAAUGUUAUCCUUUUGCUUCAUUGCAAAAAGAUAAUAUUUUUAAUGCUUCUCAUCAUUAAAUAACCACAGUGUCAUUUUAAUGCGACUUCAGACUCCUGAAUGCUAGACAUUAAACAUGAUUGAUUACCAA